GUAGUGUGUUUUGGAAGGUCCAAUGAACUACAAGCAAACGUUAUGGGCGAUGACGUCAUCAUUAAUGGCCCGUGUUAUUCCUGAAUGUGGACAGCCGCUGCCUCGAUUUCUUAUUUUUGUAACUGUUGUUUGCCUUACAAUCAACCCCAAAUACUAUAAAUGGCGGACUACUGGAAGUCACAACCGAGGAAAUUUUGCCAAUAUUGCAAAUGUUGGAUCGCGGACAAUAAGCCAAGUAUAGAAUUCCACGAAAGAGGGAAGAAUCACAAAGAAAAUGUGUCAGCCAAAAUUAGUGAGAUUAAAAAGAAGAGUGUCCAAAAAGCGAAGCAAGAGCUGCGUGCGUCUAAACAGUUUGCAUCAAUGGAAGAGGCUGCGCAGAAGGCAUAUCAAGAAGACUUGAAGAGGAUGGAAAUGGAAUCAGGAUACGGUCUCCAACCCACAACACUGUUAAAACCUAAAGCACCACCUGUGGUACUGUGUGUGCCACCACCACAUUCCAGAAUACCUCCGAAGAAAAAAGCGAAAUCAAGUCAGCCAAAUGUAACACAGGCAUGGGUUGAAGGACAUGCAGAUGAUGGAACCACAUACUAUUUCAACACAAUCACUGGAGAGUCUCGAUGGACCACGCCUGAAGGCUCUCAAAGUUCCUCGGACAUUGUGCAACCCGAACAGAAUAAGAUAGCUUCCGGCAGUCUUUGGACGGAAGGUCUCAGUCCCGAAGGAUAUACAUAUUGGUACAACACUCAAACAGGAGAGUCCAGAUGGGAGAAGCCAGAAGAAUUGCCCUCAAGUGAGGCUCCUGAAUCCAGUACAGCAUCCAGCACGGUGGAAAAGCAUCAGGAAGAGUCAACAUCAUCUCAAGAGGAGUCAACAGGAGGAGACAAGGGUUCUGAUGUUGCGCAGUUGUCUCAGGAAGCAGAAGACCCAAACAAUUCCUCAAGGAAAAGGAAAUCAGAGGGUGAACCUUUAGAAAAGGAAGAAGAUAGGACAAGCAGCAAAAUGCCUCAAGUUGAGGAGGAGAAAGAGGGGGUCCAAAGUACAAAUGUUGAACCUCAAGUGAUAACACAGGAAGAGGUGGUAAAAGCCAGGAGGCCAAAAGCAUUCAACCCUUAUGGGGCUUGGGAGCAGAUAAAGGAAGAGAAGGAUCCAUACGCCAGUGUGGACUUACAGCUGCCCUUAGCAAGGGUAGAGGCAGAAGUUGUACCGAUUGAGUUACCACCGGAACCGAAACCCAAGUUCAUGGAGCGCAUCAUCACCUCACUCGGAGUGGAAAGCGGACCUGCCUCAUUCAAGAAAAGCAAGACACAGAACGGCAAAUCCAGACGCUUCCGACAGAGAGACAAUGAUGACUAAGUGAAAAUGUCAAUAUCCGGAAUCCGAAAUUGCACUUGCAUUUUUUGGGACAGUUAUGUUCCCUUUUGCUGAGCAAAUGCAAACAAUGAAAUCCUAUCAAUCAACCAGAUUUUUUUUGUUUAAUGUACCAUGUUUUUUGAUUUUUUUUUACAUACAACUUCUUAAGCUCCUUAAACAAAUUAUGUUAAGUAUUAUCCAAAUCUGUUUUUUUUUUUAGCAAGAUAAACUUUAUGGAAAGUG